GAGGAUCGGCUGUCACUGACGCUGUUCCUUGGUAUACCCCAGCUCCAUGAGGCCGCACGGGCCCAGCACGAAGGCACCCGUGGUGAACAGGAGCAGCAGGUCUUCGACUGGUUUGGGCAGGCCAAGCACUUGGAUCAAUGGUCGGCUGGCGCUCGGUUCGACGAGAUCCAGGACAUGUACACCCAUGGCGACGGCUUUCAGGAGUCGGUGCAGAACCUGCUCAGCAGAGCAAGGCCACUUCCCUCAAAGACGCGGGCGAGACACUGGCAGGCGGUGGCCAACGCCCGAGCCAAGCUCCGCCGCGUGCCGGCCCUCGCGGCGACGGCGGCCUUCUGCGCCCCCGGGGGCUCCGUCGGCGCAACGCGGUCCUUCUCUGCCCUGGCGGCUGGAGCAGCGAUAUUCGUCCUGCGGAGGUCAGCCUUGCGAAGGUGA